AUGGACUAUAACAUAAAACAUAGCCGUUCAGCUUUGAAGGGGGGAAGGCGUCUUGAAGAGGUAACGUUAACGAAACGGCUUAGAGAGCUACAGAAACACACUAGUUUCUGUAUAGAUAUCGACAUGGAGAUUUUACUGGUAACUUUUGACGAGGCGGUAAGAAAUGAAAACAAUGCUGUUUCGAUGGCUAUAAGUGGGAUGCAUGGAAACUUUAUAGACACCUCUCUAGCUUCUCCAUCGACAAUAGCGUUAUAA